AUGAAUAGAGACGAAAAAAAUGCUGCAUUUUACUAUCGAAAAAAAAAUCCUUCCUCAACUAGCAUAAAACCCGUGUUGACUCGUACACAGUCUGAUUUGUCCGGUUUUAGUGAAAAUGAAUUUAGAAGUUUAACGCCAUCUAGAAUGGCUCCAAAACCACCGUCUAUCAAUACGAACAUUCAAAAAGAUGCGUUUGGUUCUAAUUCCUUUGCAGCUUCCCGUUCAAGUUCUCGAACACCGUUAGGGUCUCGACAGACAAGUUCAAAUUCUAUACAAAAGUUACACUCGUACUCUUCUGUUGAUUCGCGUCAAAGCGAUGAGAAGCCCCAGAAAAAGUCUGCGUUUGAGAGUUUUGUUUCGAGUAUGAGUUCUUUGUUUACUGGGGGAAAUGGUAGUAGUCCAACGAGCUCAUAUACUUCCGGUGCGAGUAGCCCACGAAAAUCAGCCGUCAUAUCUUCUCCCUUUGAUCCAAAGCACGUAACUCACGUUGGUUUUAAUUAUGAAACUGGUGAAUUUACAGGCAUGCCUACCGAGUGGCAAGCACUUUUGAAGGUCAGUGGAAUUACGAAAUCUGAACAAGUCCAACAUCCCCAGGCUGUACUUGAUGCUAUGGCUUUUUACUCGCAGUCAAAAAAAUAUUUGGAGAAUGGUACCAGUCCACCUUUCCCUCGAGACAGUGUAGAACGAGCUGCUGCCCCUUCUCCAAUUUCAAGUAUCUCGACUGGUGCUUCUUCCCCAGUUCAUAACCGUAACGCUUUUCCCAGUAAUCUCCAGCCAUCCCGUCCGGCACCGACCCCUCCUGUUAGCACGGGCGCCAAUUCUUCUAUUGCAUCGCCGAAACCUGUAAAUCCCCCUAAAGCAUAUACGUCUCAUCAGUCAUCGCCGUUGGCUUCCAAAAAGUCUUUCAAUCAAGUUUUACGGAGUCAGUCACCAGUAUUACUUCCUUCGCCUACUUUGAGUUCUGUUCAGCCAAAACACAUUCGUCCAAACAAAACACCCCAAACCUGCCAUGAUGAAUUGCCUACAAAACCUGCUGCGGUUCAAGUCCCCCCAACAGAAGCUACGGCUACUCAGCGAGUGCAAAAACGCGGUCCUCGUCAACAACCAAAUGAUGCAGCAACAUUAGCUAAAUUACAGUCAAUCUGCAACAAAGAAAAUCCUACCCUGUUGUACCGUAAUUUCUCAAAAAUUGGGCAAGGCGCUUCUGGUGAUGUAUUUUCGGCUCGUCAGGUCGGCACAAACUUGUCAGUUGCUAUAAAAAAAAUGAAUAUCAAUCAACAACCCAAGAAAGAAUUUAUUGUGAAUGAAAUUCUCGUGAUGAAAUCGCAUCAUCAUAAGAAUAUUGUGAACUUUAUUGACACAUUCUUUUUUAAGUCUGAGCUUUGGAUGAUUAUGGAAUAUAUGCGAGGCGGCAGCUUGACUGAAGUCGUCACCAACAAUACAAUAACGGAAGGCCAAAUGGCUACAAUUUGUAGAGAAACCUUGGAAGGUUUGAGGCAUCUGCACCGAAAUGGUAUUGUUCAUCGCGAUAUCAAGUCCGAUAAUAUUUUGCUGUCCUUGCAAGGAGAUGUAAAAUUGACUGAUUUUGGAUUCUGUGCCCAAAUAAACAGCCAGAUGUCAAAACGUACCACCAUGGUGGGUACACCGUACUGGAUGGCACCUGAAGUUGUUACAAGGAAAGAAUAUGGAUUCAAGGUGGAUGUCUGGAGUUUGGGUAUUAUGGCUAUUGAAAUGGUAGAGGGUGAACCUCCUUAUCUCAACGAAAAUCCUUUACGAGCUUUAUACCUAAUUGCUACAAUCGGCACUCCAAAGGUUAGCAGACCAGAGCUUUUGAGUUCGACGUUUAAUGACUUUCUCGCAAAGUCUCUUAAUGUUAAUCCAAAGAUACGUCCUAGUUCAGAAGAGCUUUUAAGACAUCCGUUUCUGAAAAGAUCUGUUCCUCUUACUUCUCUCAUUCCUUUAAUCAAGUCUAUUCAUCGUUCUAGAUAG